CCUUCGCUCACCAUCACUAUCCUUGUCCUCGCCGUCCAUCCCAUCCACCUAUCCCUCGACCCUUCGCAACAUGGAGGACGACGACGCAUUCCUCUACGGUGACUCAGCCCCGCCCGUUGCCGCACCCCCCGCGGCUGCGCCCCCGGCACAAGAUGGAGGCGCAACAGCGUCGAACAGCAUCAGCGCUUCGAUGGCGGCAUCUUUGGCGGCAUACGGUAUCGAUCCUUCCACUGCAGUAGCGGAGGAAGCACCAGAAGACGGCGGAGUGGAGGAGAGUGACGGUGACGAUGACGAUUCGGACUCGGAUGACGACGUCAAGCUCGUGUUCAACGCCGGCGCUCAGCGGUUAGACUUGCGCAAGCCUCAGCAGCAAACAUCCAAUGUCAUUGGCAUUGGUAAGUGGGCGCACACUGCGACAACAAACGCGACGGCCGCUGCCUCACCAACCGUCACAAAGACAGCAUCCAAGCCAGCUACUGCUCCAGAUGCGUUGACCGACUACACGCCCGCUCCUCGUCCCAGCGGCGCUUCAGCAGCGCCGACCGCUGCGAUGAACCAGCAUGGCCACGCUCCGCUGCCAUCAGCAACGGCACAGCCGAGCGACAUGCACUCCCACCCCCAGGCAGCGGCGAGCGGACCUCCCACUCACGCCGCGCUUCCCCACUCCUCUCUCCCGCCCCAACUCGCCCCCGCUUCUGAUCCUAAGAUCGACCCCACCAACCCUACAGGUGUUAUUCCCAGCACUGGCACAAGUGUGUACGACAUCGACGUCGCGCAGUUCGAGGGCUCGGGGCAGAUGUGGCGCCGUCCCGGCAGCGACAUUUCGGACUGGUUCAACUACGGCUUUGACGAGGUGACCUAUCCCAAGUUUCUCAAGUUCCGGCAGGAGAUGGAGCAGGGGCGUGCAGCACUUGCGCAGCUUGGCCCUAUGUCGCCCAUCACGCCCGAGAUCGCGCAGAGCUUGCACAUCCCCAUGCCGCAAAUGCCGCAGAUGCAGCAGCAAAUGCAGCAGAUGCAACAGAUGCAGCAGAUGGCGCAAAUGCAGGAGAUGAUGCGGAUGCAGGGCAUGGAUCCUGCGGCCAUGUUCGGCAUGCAGCAGGCCAUUCAGGGCGGCGAAAUGCAGAUGCCAGGGAUGGGUAACGGCGUCCAGCAGCAGGAAGACGACGCGGCCAGCGAGGGGCAGGCGGAGCCGGUUCCGCAGGCCCAGCCAGGCUUCGCGAUGCGCGGCGCCACCGCGCCGGUGCGUGGCAUGAUGCCGGGCAGGGGAGGUCUGGCUGUGCGCGGCCGAGGCGGAAUCCCUCUUGGACCUCGCGGUGUUGUGCCGACGGCUCCGAAGAGCGCCAAGGGGCGGUUUAAGGACAAGGACAGGGUGACGGAGUCGAACGCUGCGGCGGCGGCCGCCUCGCUCGACUAUGGCGACUCGGGCCCUCCGAGCCGGGAGCGCAGCCGCUCGCGUUCGGGCUCGCCCCACCGCCGUAGCAGCUCGCGGUACGACGACCCGGCGCCGCGCGAGCGCGAGCGGGAACGCGAGCCCGAGUACCGCGAGUCGCGCUCGCAGAGCCGGUAUGACGAGGAAGGCGAGUACGACGACCGGGAGCGCAGCGAGCGUGGCGAGCGCACUGAGCGCGAGCGCGGCGAACGUACCGACCGUGAGCGAUACGGCGAGCGGGACCGGUACGGCGAGCGCGAACGGUACGGGGAGCGGGACCGGUAUGGGGAGCGUGACCGGUACGGGGAGCGGGAGCGGCGCCGGAGCCCGCGGCGGCACGAGGGGAACGACGAGGAGGGGUGGGAGAGCGGUGAGGAGGAACGGCGUAGAAAGCGGUCGCGCAGCCCGGAGGAGGAGCGGCGGUCGACUCGCGCUAGCAAGCGUCGGUUGUAGCGUGUAGUGUGAAUUCGAGGAUCGUGCUGAGCUGGAGGAGGCGGGCGGAGACUGACUUUGCUGGCUGCCGCAUCAGCCGUAGAGCCGUUGAGUCGGUGAGUAUUGGAAGGGGAGGGGAAGAGGGAGAAGAGCUAUCACAGCACUGGUACAGUCGAUGUAUGCUCUGUGAGC